UCGGCUUGCGCCCUCCAACGUAACGUAACCCAAACUUUUUCUCUGGGGUAACAUUUUACAUACAUGUGUAUCUAAAUUUAAUAUUCUGCUUUUGCGCUGAAACCUGAAGUGGUCCAGUAACAACUUUUUUAUUUUUUGUUUAAUCGUAUGUGGGGGCAUUCGCAUUUGCAGCAGCACGAUUGGCCUUCUUCUAGUUUUCAACACAGAGAUCAGAAAGCGCACCCAUCAUUUCGACAACAACGGUAGAUGUUAUUCCUCUUGAUGCUGAAGUAAUGAGCAUCUAAUUUAAACGCUGAGGAAUACGAUAGACCAAUUUAAAGUCAUGCCACUGUUUGGCAAAAAAGAUUCAGGCAAAAAGUCCAAAACGAAGGACAUGAAGGACCUUAAAGAGUUAAACAAACAAGUGUCAAUCGAAGAGAAAUACAAUCUUCAUGGUCUUCUGGGCACAGGCGCCUUUUCUGAGGUACGCUUGGCCGAGAGCAAAGAUUCGCCGGGUGAACAUUAUGCGGUUAAAAUUAUUGACAAAAAAGCUCUAAAGGGCAAAGAGGAAUCAUUAGAAAAUGAAAUACGGGUAUUGAGAAGGUUCAGUGCAAAUCAUUUCGAUGCCAACAGUCCUAAUGGAACGCGGCUGACUCAUCCAAAUAUAGUCCAGCUGCUGGAGACUUAUGAGGACAAGUCCAAGGUGUAUCUAGUCAUGGAGUUGGUGACCGGUGGAGAGCUGUUCGAUCGUAUAGUGGAGAAGGGUUCAUAUACAGAAAAGGAUGCAUCCCAUUUGAUAAGGCAAAUUCUCGAGGCUGUUGAUUAUAUGCACGAGCAGGGCGUUGUGCAUAGAGAUCUGAAGCCCGAAAACUUAUUGUACUACAGUCCCGAUGAUGAUAGUAAAAUUAUGAUAAGUGAUUUCGGCCUUUCAAAAAUGGAGGACUCUGGCAUAAUGGCCACAGCCUGUGGCACACCGGGGUAUGUGGCUCCCGAGGUACUGGCCCAAAAACCAUACGGCAAGGCCGUUGAUGUUUGGAGCAUAGGCGUAAUAUCAUAUAUCCUAUUGUGUGGUUAUCCGCCAUUCUACGAUGAAAAUGAUGCCAAUUUGUUUGCGCAAAUCUUAAAGGGUGAAUUUGAAUUCGAUUCUCCGUAUUGGGACGAAAUAAGCGACUCAGCCAAACACUUUAUAAAGAACAUGAUGUGCGUUACCGUCGAGAAGCGUUACACAUGCAAACAGGCAUUGGCGCAUCCCUGGAUUUCCGGAAAUGAGGCCAGCAGCAAGAACAUUCAUGGAACUGUUUCUGAGCAGCUGAAGAAGAACUUUGCCAAGUCGCGCUGGAAGCAAGCGUAUUAUGCGGCCACAGUAAUCCGUCAAAUGCAGCGCAUGGCGUUGAGCAGCAAUAGUAAUGCUGCACUGGAUGCGGCAACAGGAACAGCAACUUCGACUUCCACACUCUCCACAACGUCGACCACCAACACCAAUACGAGCACCAACAUCACCACCACUUCCAGCACGGCUACUGGUAAUGGGAAUAGUGCUGGGGAUGAGCAGGGAUCUGGGAAUGUCAGUGGCAGUAGUAGCCGUGCCAGUGUUUUUCAAGAUAGCACACAAAGAACAAUAGCACAAUAGCUUGGUUAUUAAUCUUAAUAUGUAAGACAGUCCAUGACAAGCACAGCAAUAACAACAAAAUGCACAAAAACAUCAACAAAAACGAACAACUAUCGUAUCACCAAAGAAUAUCGCCAAAUUGCAAUUGGUAGUGACAAUGCGAACUAAGUUAUUUAUUACAAACAUACGUACUCACACAAAUUAGCUCGAUCGGUAGUUAAAGACGGGCUUUUAUUAAAUCUAUCUAUCUCUCUUUCUCUCCCUACCUAUCUAUCUAUCUAUCUCUCCUAACAACAAUGUAUCGAAUCUGAUUUGUUAUUUUGUAACAUUCUUCUCCUUCAAGAAAUUUCAUUUUGUUCGUUUUGUUUGAAUAGAUCGAUUCAAGUCUAGACGAACAAAAUGGAGCAGAACCGAAAAAAGUCCCUUCAAGGGCGGAUCUGACAAAUUAGCUAGCUUUCGCGUUUAAUAUUCUAAAUGAGGGGUUUCUAUUCAAAAAAUAGGUUAAUUUGAGUUGAUGGAAAAUCAAAUAUUAAUAUUAAAAGCAUAAAGAAUAGGUUAAGACGUCGCACUGGUAAGGUGUAGCAGUCAUAAGUCUAAGAUACAUAUUGUCCAGAUAUCUAUUUGUAUCUUGGCAUAAAGGCCUUUCAAAUUAAUGCACAAGCGAGUAGAAUCCCAAGCCUAAGUGUUUUUCGGGGGGGUCGGAUCUAUAAAAAACAACAAAAUUAUUUAAAAAAUACAGAAAAUUAAACAAAAACAAAAUCGGGCAUAAGCAUUUUUCCGGCAUCACUUAGAAUUGAUAAAAUGUCCAUGUCUUGUACUUAUUGAAUAAACUAUCUAAACAACUUGGCAGAAUCUUCUUAAGCAUAUUUAAAUAUGUAUGUAUGUAAUGCACAUCUGUUUGUACUUAAACUGAGAGUCAUUGUCAUUGAACGUUUAUUUUGGAUGCAUUUAUUCAGUGAUAUCAUACAUAUAUACAUGUAUUUGCAUUAGCCACGCACAGAUUAACAAGUAAUACCAAUAUUAAUUAGAUAGGAGGUGGUUCAUUAAAAAUGCGCUCCACUGCACAUUUUAAUUGCCCUUGGCUGAAAAAAUAAACAAAACAAAAUAAUAAUUAAACAAAAAACCAAAACUGUCGAAUGCAUUGCUUGGCCCUUGAGGCCACCCUACACACGCAUAUAUGUAUAUGAUUUGAACGCGGCGGUUUCAGGUGUGUGAUGUAAUAAAACAAAAAAAAAAAUAUGAUAAUGAUAAAUAAAACCGUUUGCCGCAAUAUCAAUGCUAUGCUAAGUAUCAGAACUUGUUAAUAAGUAUCCAAAAAAUACUUGCAAAAUUUGUUUCCCGAUUAUAAUAUAACUAAAUACCUAAGCCAUUUCUUGUUAUUAUUUUUUCUAUAAGUCUAUACAUAUACAAAUUCUUAAACAAAACAAAACCAAACGAAAGAACACAAAAACUGGUGUGCACAAUUGUGUAAAAAAUAUGGGCGAAUCAAUCAAGAAAAGAAAACAAACUCAAAAUAGAUGGUCAGCACAUUUUGGGUCUAAAAUUUCACAAUUUUCAACUAUACAUACAUACACGUACUUACAUAGAGUAUGUAUUGUACAGAUAAUAUAACAAUUGCUUGAUUUUUUCCAUAUUUAACAUUUUAUUAAAUAAUACUUUACAGUUACAGUUAAGUAAACUUAAAAUUACAAUCCAAAUAUAAAAUUUAUAACCUUGGAUGCAUUUGCUUACGAAUGUAAUUGCGUUCCACAA